AAGAAAAGAUAAAUAAGGAAAAACGUUAGCUAACGAGAGGCGGCGAGUAUCACCGUCAUUGAGGAAUAUUUCCUCAAUAAAAUGCCUGAAAAUUUUGGCCAUAUAAAAUGUCAGCUGGUUUGUCAUAAUUCUGAAUUUCUGAGUCUCCAGUCAGAGAAAGAGAGAGGUAGAACAGGUGCAUCAAAGAUGGUGGUGGGGCGAGACAUAGACGAUCUGCCGAAGAACGAAGCCAACUACACGGCAUUAACGCCGCUGUGGUUUCUGGAUAGAGCAGCUCUGGUGCACCCCACCAGAACAUCCAUGGUCCAUGGAUCAAUUCGCUACACGUGGCAGCAGACUUACCAGCGUUGCCGCCGUUUGGCCUCCGCUCUCGCCAAGCGCUCCAUCGGCCUCGGCACCACGGUAUCGAUAAUAGCACCAAAUGUGCCAGCCCUCUUUGAAGCUCAUUAUGGAGUUCCAAUGGCAGGAGCUGUGUUAAACACUGUAAAUGUUCGUCUAAAUGCAGCGACUAUUGCUUUCCUUCUUGGUCAUUCAUCGUCUUUUGUUGUGAUGGUGGAUCAAGAAUUUUUUCCCUUGGCAGAGGAAGCUUUGAAAAUAUGGGCAGAGAAAAGCGAAGGCAGUUGCAAGCCUCCACUCUUAGUUGUCAUAGGUGAUGAAAGCUGUGAUCCUAUGGCACUAAAAAGUGCUUUGGGAAGAGGCGCCAUUGAAUAUGAGACAUUCUUGGAAAGUGGUGACCCUGAGUUUGCUUGGAAACCACCAGAGGAUGAGUGGCAGAGCAUUGCUCUGGGUUAUACUUCUGGCACAACAGCCAGCCCUAAGGGGGUGGUUUUGCAUCACCGUGGGGCUUAUCUGAUGGCUUUGAGUGGUCCUCUUGUAUGGGGGAUGACUGAAGGAGCUGUAUAUCUGUGGACUCUACCCAUGUUCCAUUGCAAUGGUUGGUGUUUCACUUGGUCACUUGCAGCUCUUUGUGGGACAAACAUAUGCCUUCGACAGGUUACAGCAAAGGCAGUAUAUUCAGCCAUAGCCGAGCAUGGCGUGACUCACUUUUGUGCUGCACCCGUGGUACUCAACACUUUGGUCAAUGCUUCCCCAGAGGAGACUAUCCUUCCUCUCCCACAUGUUGUACAGGUGAUGACAGCUGGUGCUGCCCCUCCACCUUCUAUUCUUUUUGCGAUGUCCCAAAAGGGCUUCCGAGUCACGCACACUUAUGGUCUGUCAGAAACUUAUGGCCCCUCCACAGUAUGUGCGUGGAAGCCUGAGUGGGACUCGCUGCCCCCUGUAAAACAAGCGCGGCUUAAUGCACGCCAAGGUGUUCGGUACAUUGGCAUGGAGGGUGUAGAUGUUUUCAACCCUGAGACUAUGCAACCAGUUCCAGCUGAUGGAGCUACCAUGGGGGAGAUAAUGAUGCGGGGAAAUCUCGUAAUGAAGGGGUAUUUAAAGAACCCAAAGGUGAAUGAAGUUUUCGCCAAUGGUUGGUUUCAUUCUGGUGAUCUGGCAGUGAAGCAUCCAGAUAACUAUAUCGAAAUCAAAGACAGAUCAAAGGACAUUAUCAUCUCCGGAGGUGAGAACAUCAGUAGUGUGGAGGUAGAGAACACUCUAUAUCAACACCCAGCCAUAUUCGAGGUAUCGGUGGUUGCAAGGCCACAUGAGAAGUGGGGUGAAACUCCUUGCGCUUUUGUGACAUUGAAACCGGGUGUCGAUAAGUCUGAUGAGAAUCGUAUGGCAGAAGAUAUAAUGAAGUUCUGCCGGUCCAAGCUACCUGCGUACUGGGUUCCGAGAUCCGUGGUAUUUGGACCAUUGCCAAAGACCGCUACUGGGAAGAUACAGAAGCAUUUGCUGAGGGCCAAGGCCAAAGAGCUGGGACCUGUCACUUUGAGUAAGUUAUAACUGCAUUGUGUUGGCCAUUGUAUAAAAGGCUAAUAAACGCUUGGAUCAUAUUUAGUGCCAAGCUUGUUUCUCUUGUUAAGACUCUUCUGUCAUUUUUCUUUUGGUAAGAAGUGGAUGUAUGAUUAAGCGAGGAGAAGAGCGAGGGUCGAACUUUCGCUUCCUCGGGAUUUAAUGAUGUGAUCUAAGUUCUCAUAUGUGCAGGUUUUUUGUUAACCAUUUGAAAACUGAAAA